UCUUUGGCGCCAACGGUUUGUCCUCCUGAUUGGGCUAACACUACGACACCUUCGUUGUUCUUCACCAACACCCCCACUGUUGCACAUUUGUCCUUAGGGACGGUUUUGGAAUCUGUGAUCAUAAUCAACACUGGCAUGCCCUUGUCGUUCACCUCCACUUCGCACGGGGGGAAAACGGUCUCUCCUAUCUUUUUUUGCAAGUUCUUAUCGACUCCCGUGACGGUCACAUUUUGUGGAUUACCCUUGGAGUCUGGCUGACAUUGUUUAUCCGCAUAGAAAAUCGAUUCACCAUGAGGGCCACAGACAAGUGUUCCCCUUGUAUAGUUUUUGAACUUUGGCUGGCCAUCUUUGCCUUUCUCAAUCUUAUCCUCGGGGAUGAAUUGUGGCGUUUCGUGAGCUCCUUUGACGAGUAUUCCCUUCAUCGGUUUGUCGACCUUCUUUCUUGGACCGACUUCUUCUCCUUGCACUUUUUCAAUAUCUAUCAACACAGCCACACCAGCGGGACCCACUACGGCAACUUUAUCGGGAGUGAUUGCUCCAUCGAUGGCUUUGUCUUCAUCGCAUUCAGAAUCAGCUGCAUGACGCAGUUCCACCACUUUCUUUCUGUCGCUGUCGUCAUCCUUUACCAUCUUCCCUUCUUUUCCUUCCUUCUUUUGCUUCUCUUUCUUCGCUUUCCUCCUCGCUCUGCGUUCUUGUCUAUGUUUCUUGCAACGCUUCUUCUUCCCAUUCAUAAGGCGAACACAUCCACAUGGAGGAGGAUCCAUCAUUAUCACUACAAAAUCUUGGUCUCCGACUUUCAAGUUAUGCAUAGUAGCAGAUCUUUCUAUAGCAUCCAAGUUUUUAGGCAGCUGACCUUCAGCCUGCAGUCUAGCCAGUUCCUCUUUUGUCAGAGGGGUGCCAGGCGUGGCUUCGAUAGCUUCCUUCGUUGGCAUAAGACACACAUUGAAGUUUUGGUUACUGUUAGUCUGUGAUGGCGCAUUUUCCUGGGAAUGCAUACUUUUAGACUGGGAAAAAUAG